AUGCGUCCAUCUGGCCUUACCUUCCACUCGCCUUUGUCGAGCGCGAUCGACUCAUCCCACUCUCGAUAUGACGACAAUCGUCCUGGUCAUCCCGACUAUUGCAUGCCUCAUGCUGGCUUUCUCCAACAACCUGGCGACCAAGGCCCGCCUAUGGACCUUCCCUUCCCUGGGCUGCAAGCCCCUCCUGUUGCCCUGGCUGGACAGGCCGUCGGGACUUACAGCGGCACAGAACGAGGCAUGCCCAUGCAGACCCCAGGCUUUCCUACGGGACUCUCCCUGGGCGGAACCCAUGCUUCGCCUUCCUACACGGCUUCCCCUCUUCACUUGUUCACGCCCUCUCACAUGGCCACUCCUUCCUUCCUGGCCUCGCCCUCUUAUAUCGAGACGCCCUCCUCCCUGGCUUCGCCUUUCACUCCGGCCCUACGGCCUGCGGAGACUUAUCUCAGCGCGGUGCGCCGCGGGAUUAUUCGGCGCAUAUUGCACGCCGGUAUUAGUGGCGAAGAGUUCCUUGCGUCAGUCCAGACUCACAAGGAGGCGAAGGAUGCUGGCAUCCAUCAUGAGCUUGAUACCAUGCUCGAGAUUCAAACGGAAGUACUCAAAGCAGAGGUUCGAGAUAUAGUGGCAGAGGCGUCCAUGACUCUCAAGCGCGGAUCGCCUGACGAUGAGCCGAACCCUCCUUCCAAACGUUCGCGCAAAGCUCUAGAGAGCAACUUCUUUACUCCCCCCGCCUCGACGAAGUCAUCAACCGUUCGCGUGAUGGGUUGCCCGGGUGGAAAAAACACCUGUACUGUGAGACAGACCUCGGUCUGGAAGAACAAGCCCGAGUACAUCAAGCAUUUUCUGUUGGUCCACCUUAAGGAUUACAAAGACGGCGGCAUACUCAAAUGUCUCCUCUGCAAGGGCACCGACUUUGCCGGCAAGGAGUACCCACUACAAGGAUCAAUUCUUGGGGAUCACAUUUGGGGAGAACAUAUGACCGUCAAGGAAGGGUCGAAUCGGGCCCAGUGUGCCGCAGUAGCAACGGAAGAUGAAGCCGGAGAGCCUUCAAGCACUCAACCAGGCCACGCCAGCGAGACUGCCCCCCACACUAUGGGGUUCUACAAUCCUAGUAUCGGAGACUUGGACGCUGGUGGGCCGCUAUCCGCUACGCCGUCCGGUCCCUAA